AUGGAGAAAAAGAGCUCAAAACGGUGUGACCGAUCGACAGGGAAUGUUUACUCCUUCACGGUGAAUUCCAUGGCUUUCUCAAAAGAUGGCUCCGUGUUCGUGACUGUUAGGCACCGUCAUGUAAAGUUUUGGUAUUUAAAGGACACUAAAUUAAAGAUUAAUCAGGCGGUGCCUCUUCAGGGAAGCAGUGGAAUCCUUCGUUCCCACCUAAACAACUUUUACUGUGACGUCAGCUGUGGUCACACAGUGUACGCUAUAACUCAGUCUGGUUUACUGUGUCAGCUCAACGAGAAACGAGAGUUGGACAAGUUUGUGGAAGUGCAAGCCACCGCUGCUUAUUGUAUCUCUGCUGGAAAGGACCACAUAUUUGUUGGCUGUGCUGACGGUGUGAUCCGGAUAUUUGAUGCCAAUCUGCAGUAUGUAGCUACAAUGCCGCAUCCACACUGGCUGGGGGUCGAUGUUGCUUUACAUCCCAGUCACAGUCACCUGAAUUUUCAAACAGAGGAUGCUAGGUUCCCAGACACUGUUGCUAUCAGCUACGACGAUGUACACCGAAUGGUGACUUGUGUGUACAAUGACCACAGUCUUUAUGUGUGGGACGUCCAUGACGUCAUGAAAAUUAGCAAGAUCUGCUCUUUCCUGUACCACAGCAGUGGCAUCUGGGGGUCGGAGGUUAACCCGGGUAUAACAGAGGACGUGAAGCCAGUUUUACCAUCGGGAUCAUUUAUUACUUGUUCCUCGGAUGACACGAUUCGGAUCUGGAAUCUGGAUCCACACAUGAUGGAAACUGAAAGUAGCAAACGGAAUGUCUACUCUAAUGAAUUGCUGAAAAUUGUUUAUGUGGAUCCAACGCAUACCUUUCUGAAGGAUGUUUCUCGCAAACCAGCAGAUGAAGGUAAAUCUGGAAUUCGAUGCAUCGGAAUAAGUCCUGAUGGGCGCCAUCUUGCUUCCGGGGAUAGAAUUGGAAAUAUCAGGGUGCAUAAUUUAAGAAAUAUGGAGGAAAUUAUUAAACUAGAGGCUCACGACCAAGAAAUUCUUUGUGUCCAUUACUCAAAUCUUACUGCAGGUCCUAAGCUGAUGGCGUCUGGCAGUAGGGAUCGUCUUAUUCACGUCUUUGACGUGGAUCAGAGUUACAAUUUGAUGCAAACCCUCGCUGACCAUUCCAGCUCUGUUACUCCCAUCAAAUUCACGGAGAAUGACGAACAAAUUAAGAUGCUCAGUUCCAGUGCCGACAAAUCUGUUCUCUUCCGAGAAGCACAUAAGUCUUCAGAGUGUCAGUUUGAAAUUUCUAAACAACAACAUGUUGUAGGCACCAAUACAUUAUAUGACAUAGAUAUCGAACCCACACAAAAACAUAUGGCAACCGCAUGUCAAGACCGAAACAUCAGAGUAUACAACAUUGAAACAGUGAAGCAAAUGCAGUGUUACAAAGGAGCAGUUGGAAUUAAAGGGGUGCUAUUAAAGCUUCAGUUAGACCCGUCCGGUCAGUACGUGGUCACUUGUUGUUCGGAUAAAAGUCUUUGUUUACUGGACUUUAAGUCUGGCGAAAUUUUGGCCACCAUGAUCGGCCAUUCGGAGCAGAUCAAUGGUGUAAAAUUUAUGCCUGACCUGAAGCGUUUGGUGUCCGUAUCCAGCGAUGGCUGUAUCUUUGUCUGGAGACUGUCCCCUGAACUGACCGAAUCAAUGCGAGGCCGUCUGGAGGAGAUGGGGAGACUUCCUUAUGAGGCCAUCAACGCGGAAAUCAACAGGAAUCAUGGAUCGUGUUGGAAUCGGACUUACCGGAUUGCUGAUCCUGCCCCUCUCUCGCUAGAAAAAGCUCUGGAAGAAGCUGUUUUGAGCCCUGGUGUACAGGUAGCUAAACCAAAAGUCCAGGAAGAGGUACAAACAGAGGAAAAUAAAGACUCUCCUAGUAUCCAGACAGAUAUACAGGCUGACAGAAAGGAGGAACUGCCCGACUACAACAGCACAAUUACCGGACUACCCGACUGGAUCCAGGCAAAGAUGGGCAGGGAUAUCUCUAGUUCAAGGGAAUCUGACAACCAACUGCAGCCCCCUUCUGGUCGUUGGGCGGUAAAAAAUGACAGUUUAAAGUCAUGGAAAAGCGGCAUAAAGGGUCCGUGUGUGGAGGGUGAGCCUCAGGGUUAUGACAGUGAGUAG